CUCCUCAAUUGUGGAGGGUAGUCUUAGCUUUAUACAGUGAGAUGGCCGUACAGUUGCUGCGCGUUCCAGUGAAUCCAAAACGGGUGCUGUGGACGGUCAGCCGGAGGCGAGACAACUCACCGCACUCCUCUUCAGCACCCUCUGGUGAAAAAUAAGAACGUCACAGGAUUGGUCUGGAUUUAUGUGCAACUGAGGAGGACCCUGAAUCCUGGAACACUGGUUAACAUCUAAUGACAGAAGACUGAGGACCAACCUUGAAAACACUUGUUGGAUGUUGAUAUGAUCCUUGGAGAGUGUUGCUUUGUAGCUCUGUAGCUGGGCAGCCAGACUGCCUCCCUACCUCCAGAUGAAUGAAGAGCACUCCGAAUCACAGAGACGCUGCUGAUACAGGGCAUGCAGGUGUUUCUGCAAAUAUGAUGAAGAAAAAAAAUCCCAAUAAGAAACACAAGAGCAAUCUGGGUCCAACAACCAAAAUUCUAUCGCAGCCACGACGGAAUAUCGUCGGUUGCAGGAUCCAACACAUUUGGAAGGAUGGAAGUGGGCAUGUAGUAUGGAAAGGGACGGUGCUUGACCAGGUCCCAGUGAAUCCAUCUCUUUAUCUGAUAAAGUAUGAUGGCUUUGACUGUGUCUACGGUCUGGAGCUCCACAAGGAUGAGAGAGUUCAGGGCCUGGAGGUACUCCCAGACCGACUAGGCCAAGGAUUUUCACUAGAUUGUAUGACCAAAAGAAAGAAGACCCCAGCCACUGAGUCUAAAUCCCGCCUGACAGAUGUAAAUUUAGCAGAUACAAUGAUAGGCAAAGCGGUGGAACAUAUGUUUGAGACAGAGGAAGGUCCAAAGGAAGAAUGGCGGGGAAUGGUGCUGGCCCGAGCUCCCAUCAUGACCACCUGGUUUUACAUCACCUAUGAGAAAGAUCCUGUCCUCUACAUGUACCAGCUGCUGGAUGACUUUAAAGAAGGAGACCUCCGAAUCAUGCCUGACUCGAAUGACAGUGCUCCAGCUGAGAGGGAACCAGGUGAGGUGGUGGACAGUCUGGUGGGCAAACAGGUGGAGUAUGCCAAAGAGGACGGAGGCAAACGAACAGGCAUGGUCAUCCAUCAAGUGGAGGCCAAGCCUUCUGUAUACUUCAUUAAGUUUGAUGACGACCAUCUAAUUUAUGUCUAUGACCUGGUCAAAACUUCAUAAGACUUUGCAGACAUCCUGGCCCCCUCAUCCCAGGACAGAAACAAAACACAACAAACGUUGACACAUCUGAAAUACGCUUGAUCCAGUAUUUGCUCUGCAGGCCCUUAAUGAAUACAGCCCUUUUAAAGGGAUCAAGUUAUUGUAUACUCUGAAAAGUAGACCAAAAGACAGCAGAGCAAAUCUGCAAUCAUGUCAACAUACAGUACGUAAUUCAGGCUUAACUACUUUGAAAAACAAUGUGAUUGAGAAACUAAGACCUUGUACUUGUAGAACUCCACUGAUUUCCAUUAUGGUUAGGUAGGCAUCAAUGUAGCAACAUCGUAGGUAUUUUUUUGUUAACUAACCAGCUACAAGAAGCUACAAUUUAGCAGUGUUUGUUGGUGUAAAAGGCAAGUUAAAAACGGUCCACAUACUCUGAGUAAGAGGACAUGCAGCUUGUAUUAUUUCCAAAUCUUGACACAAAAAAAGACAACCUCAUCAUUAUCCGUCACAUUUGCGUGUUAUUGACUUUUAUUCUGACCAUAUGAAUGCAGUUUUAAGGCCAUGAAAAGAACACACAUCUGAAUCGUGAUAUCCCAAGCCUGAAACUAUGUUAACUACUUUUGUUUCUAAUUAAACUUUCUACAUUUUUUGGGAAUUGAUGUGUAACCAAAGUCCAAAAAGAAUAUAUGUACUGUAGGUCCAGUCAUCAUUUUCAAAGCCCUUUGCACUUCCAUGUAACCGAUUUUCACUCUUCUGAAAAAAGCAUGUGUAUGCACACAACAGUGUCACCUAAUAGUAAAACAAUCCAUUGUUUUAGUAAUUGUAAAUUUUGUUUACCAUUGUUAAAAUGAUGGCUUUGUGUUUUUCUUUAGUUGUAAAAAUUUAUAUAAACCUUAUUUGCGCGGAUCAUACCAUAAUUUCAAGAUAUCCCUUGACCAAUCUUUAAAAAAAUUAUUUGGAUAUAGGUACAGUAUGUUUCAUUUAGAGGGCCGGUAUUUUGCCAAACCCACUUUUUCUAGCAUUUGAGAUGCAGUAUUGGCUGCACAAUGCCUCAGUAAACAGGUGAAAUAUGA